UUGAGAAAUUAAAUUCAAUUUGUAAUUUCUCAACUAAAAUUGGACAAAGUUCAAAAUUGAACUGGAAAAAUGGACAAAAACUGAAAAUUGAACUGUGAAGACAGACAAUAUGUGGCGUGAAAUUCUGAUAUAUAAUAAUUUAUAAUUUUUUUAUUUUGUUUAAGCUGGCAUUGCCCUAAAAUUUUCAGAACUGUCACAUAGUGCAAUAUAAGAAAUCAAAUAAAAAAAUUGUUCUUACAUCUACAAGAUAAGCAGUUUUUCCUCGUAGCAAUGGAUCCUAAUAAUGAAAACCUCAAUCAAAAUAUUCCCAAUAAUGACGAUCAUGCCGUUAACGGGGUUAAUGGUGAUGUGUAUGAAUACUUAGAGAUUCAAAUUGUUGAUCCGCAAGAACAGCGUGAACAAGCACCUGAACAAGAAAUAGUAGUAAAUGGUGACUUAAAUCCGAACAACGUUCAAGGCUUGGAUGAAAUUGUUAUUGAGCCGCCUCCAUUAGUUGUUGAACCUGAUGUGGCACGUGUUCCAGCUGUUUUACUUGUUCCAAGCCCUCUAUGCAACGGAUCUGCCACAGAUGAGGAGUUAGAGAAUGCGGGUAUAUAUUCUAGGUAUUCAAAUUACAUUUCAGAAGAUCAUCGUUAAAAAUAUUUAAAAACGGAAUAACCAAAAGGUGUGUAAUACGCUGCUUUUUCCUUAACAUAUCCUAAAUCUAUUUAAUGUAUUCACUUGAGAUAACCUACGCUAAUAACUAAAAUUAGGAACAUCAUUGGAGCCAAAGCGAGCCAAAGCGUCCGAUUAUUAAAUACAUCAAUAUUUAUACCACCAGAGCUUAACUUUCUGUGAUACUUUGGAAGGAACAAUACUAUUACAGAUAUUUUAUAAAUACUACUAUUAUAAAAUAUUUUUUCUAUAUUUCAAUAAUUCUAAGCAUAAUUUAUUGUAACUUAAAACUCCAAAACUUAAAUCUGUAGUUGUUUCUCUUACUAAG